GUUUAAGCAGUUAAUAAAUGUAUUACCAACAGAUAAGAGUUCUAGACUUUGUCGUGUCUGUCCUAUAAAUAUAUAUUACACACACUGACACACACACAUACACAACUCAUCAGCAGUUAUCAUCGGGACAGAGAAAGUCUUUCAUUUACUUAGAUUUAUUCUCUGACUUAGUUCCUAGGGUUUCUGUUUCUGCACACUUUUGCUAAUGAUUGUGCUUAUUCCCCGGGGUGCAAUUGCUCAAAGUAGCUGAAAAAUUAAUGACUAUGGUCGGACUUGGAAUUUUAGAAAAUUUAGGGCAGGUUGAUUGGUCAUUUCUUGGUGCUGGUAGUUGAGUAAACCGCAUAAAAUAUUAUUGAAAGGCAUAUUAAAGUUCUGUUGCAAAAACUAACUACAGUAUAAAAGUCAAAUCAAAGAUGUCUUAUGCAACACUUUUUUGAAUUAGAGUUUACUACAGUUUCUGAAGAUUGCAUAAAGAUGCACUCUGCUUCGAAGUCGAGAAAGCAGGUGGAAGCUGAUCCCUACAACAUUCCGCAAUCCACUUUGUGUCCUGAACCAUGGUGGCAUAACAGUGGAUAUAAUCCUCUUCCCCCAACUAUGAUGCAAAGUAAUGUAUCUGAGACAUCUUCAGUGGAACAAUCAGCUGAUGGCAAGUCAAAGUCUGAUGGCGGUCAGAAUGAAGAUGAUGAAAACACUACCAAGGAUUCACAAACGAAUGCACCUAUGCAUUCAGGGCUGGAUGGAAAUUUCGGACAAGAGCAUCAGAGUCAGCAUGUAACAUCAAGUACCUCUCUUAAGAAUGAUGCAAGUCUCACACAACCUCCGCAGCUUGAACUUGUUGGUCACUCCAUUGCUUGUUCUUCAAAUGCAUAUUAUGACCCGUAUUAUUAUGGGGGGAUGAUGGCAGCUUAUGGUCAGCCUUUGGUUCAUCCUCAUCUAGUUGACAUGCAUCAAACUCGAAUGCCUUUGCACCUUGAUAUGGCACAAGAGCCUGUUUAUGUGAAUGCCAAGCAGUACCAUGGAAUAUUACGGCGCAGACAAUCACGCGCCAAAGCAGAGCUUGAAAAGAAGCUGAUAAAAGAUCGAAAGCCCUAUCUUCAUGAAUCUCGGCACCAGCAUGCUAUUAGAAGGGCAAGGGCUUCAGGUGGUCGUUUUGCCAAGAAGUCUGAUGUUGACAAUUCAAAGCAGUCGAAUGAAGCUAAAGGCAAUGGGAAAAAUUCUGCCCCAGCUGCUUCAGCUCAAUCUUUCAGCUCAUCAGGGUCCGAGCCAUUGCCGUCAGACUCAAAUAUGAACUAUUAUCAGGAGGCAAGAGGACAAACUAAUGCACAGACAUAUGUAAAUGAUGGCGGGAUGUAUAGAAACCAAGACGGGGCCACCUCUUUAGUCCAGCAGUGGGGAAACAUUAGAUCUGAUCAGGCUCAGCAGCGGGCUACUGCUAUGCACUGAUCACUGGAGCUGCCAAUAUGGAAGAUUGGUGAUCCCAACUGAUCAGUUUGGACUAUACUUCUUCUGUUUUGGUAAUUCGUAUUGGCUUUUCAAGCCAGCUGGCAAAUCAUUCUUGGCUUGGUUACAUAGUUGCUUCAGGGGGGGAACAGGUAGGUGAAAGAAACAUGCUUGAUGAACGUUUAUGCUUUAAAAUUCUGUGACAAGGAACGCUCUUUUGUAAUUCUGUAAAAAGCAAGUCUUAGUAUCGUGUCGUGUGUUGUGAUUUAUGAUGAAUUGUCUGUACUAAAAUUUCUGUAGGUUUUGCGAGUCUUAUUUGUGACCUGACUACUUGAACUCUAAUGCAUGUCAGUAUUUACAUUUAGGGUCUGUUUGGGAAUCACAGCUUCGGCUUCUUUUCCAAACACUUUAUUAACUUAUUUAUUUCUCACUUCUACUUCA